AUGGUGAAACGAGAUGGCGUCGAAGGGAAACCAGAACGGAGGAUUCACCUUUGCAACGAGUCCGACAAUUGCCAGGGGAAGAAAUGGACUCCCCAGAAUUCACACGGAGAAGACGAAGGAAACCGAGAGGAAAAAUCCGCUCCGACCACCCCUAUUACCGGAACUCAGUCGGCAUUUGACGCCACCGUUAACGACGGUGAACGCCAGAAACAACAACUCCAGUCGAUCAGUGCUUCAUUGGCGUCGCUGACCAGAGAAACGGGGCCGAAAGUGGUGAAGGGAGAUCCGGCGAGAGCGGAGACGCCGAGAGUUUCCCACGUGACCCACCACCAUUAUACGCCGACGCUCACCAUUAGUGAUAGUGCCCUCAAGUUUACUCACAUCCUCUACAAUCUCUCCCCUGCUGAACUCUACGAGCAAGCUAUAAAGUAUGAGAAGGGGUCUUUCAUAACAUCAUCUGGUGCUUUGGCCACGCUUUCGGGUGCGAAAACGGGCCGUUCACCAAGAGACAAGCGUGUGGUUAGGGAUGAGACUACUGAGGAUGAGCUUUGGUGGGGAAAGGGUUCGCCCAACAUUGAAAUGGACGAGCACACUUUUUUGGUUAACAGGGAAAGAGCCGUGGAUUAUUUGUGUUCAUUGGAGAAGGUUUAUGUCAACGAUCAAUUUCUCAACUGGGAUCCUAACCACAAAAUCAAAGUGAGGAUUGUUUCUGCAAGAGCUUACCACUCCUUGUUCAUGCACAACAUGUGUAUCCGACCCACUCCUGAAGAGCUGGAGAACUUUGGUACUCCGGACUUCACAAUAUACAAUGCUGGGCAAUUCCCAUGCAACCGCUACACCCACUACAUGACCUCCUCCACUAGCAUAGACAUGAAUCUUGAUAGGAGGGAAAUGGUCAUCCUUGGCACUCAAUAUGCUGGGGAAAUGAAGAAAGGUUUAUUCAGUGUUAUGCACUAUCUGAUGCCUAAGCGUGGAAUACUGUCCCUUCAUUCUGGCUGCAAUAUGGGAAAAGGAGGAGAUGUAGCCCUUUUCUUUGGACUAUCAGGUACUGGAAAGACGACACUUUCUACAGAUCACAAUAGGUAUUUAAUUGGAGAUGAUGAGCAUUGCUGGAGUGAGAAUGGUGUAUCAAACAUUGAGGGUGGUUGUUAUGCUAAGUGCAUUGAUCUGUCAAGGGAGAAGGAACCUGAUAUCUGGAACGCCAUUAAGUUUGGCACUGUCCUGGAGAAUGUUGUUUUUGAUGAGCACACUCGAGAUGUGGAUUACUCCGAUAAAUCCGUAACUGAAAACACUCGGGCUGCAUAUCCAAUUGAAUACAUUCCCAAUGCAAAGAUACCUUGUGUUGGUCCGCAUCCCAAGAAUGUAAUCCUUUUGGCCUGUGAUGCCUUCGGUGUCCUGCCCCCAGUCAGCAAACUGAACUUGGCCCAGACCAUGUACCACUUCAUCAGUGGCUACACAGCUCUGGUCGCUGGAACUGAAGAUGGUAUAAAGGAGCCUACUGCAACAUUCUCAGCCUGCUUCGGAGCAGCAUUUAUAAUGCUUCACCCCACCAAGUAUGCUGCUAUGUUGGCCGAGAAAAUGAGGAAGCAUGGUGCUACAGGAUGGCUAGUAAACACUGGGUGGUCUGGUGGAAGUUAUGGAUCAGGAAGCCGUAUCAAGUUGGCUUAUACCAGGAAAAUCAUCGAUGCGAUUCACUCAGGCAGCCUUUUGGAAGCAAAUUACAAGACUACUGAAGUGUUUGGACUGGAGAUCCCUACUGAAAUUGAAGGGGUACCUUCAGAGAUACUUGACCCUGUGAACACCUGGUCCGACAAGAAAGCUUACAAGGAUACUCUCCUCAAAUUGGGAGGCCUGUUCAAGAAGAACUUUGAGGUUUUCGCGGACUACAAGAUUGGAACAGACAGCAAGCUCACUGAGGAGAUCCUUGCUGCUGGCCCCAAUUUUUGA